AUUUAAAUUACUAAUUUUAAAUAAGCUAAUUUGAUGAAUUGUUACUCAAUCCAUAUAUGUGGAAUUUAAUUAAAAAUAUUGCUUGUAAUCUGUUGCCUCAAAUUUAUUGAGUAGAUAUGGGGUAUUAUUUUUUACACUGCAGUUGUCUAACACAAUAUCUUGGCUAGCUAGCUUAGUAUUUUUGUUCAUGAUUUCAACUCACCAAAAAAUGGCCGUGGCCUGCAGUGUUUAACGCAGUUUAAUAAAAAUUUAUAAUAAAUGAAGCUAUUUACUGUGGUACUUGUAGACACUCAGUCCAGGUGACUUCUCAGAAGGCCUACCAUUAUUAGGCUAUGACAUUUCUAAAAUAAACCACAUUUCAAACAGGCAUGCAACAUAGCUCAAUGGUAUAAGAUGGUCCAGAGGGAAAUUUGUUUUUUUUUUAAAUACAUAUAUUUAAGGCCUGCAACUUGUCUGAAAGGUGAAAAUUCUCCUGUCAGAAAGGCUCAGACAACGUGUCUUUCUCCCUUGAAAUAGUAUCCACUAUCCAGAACCCAAGGCGUGGCGUUGUGUACGUAGUGCCUACAUGUGCUACAAACCACAGGGAGAAAUACAUGCAGUCAGGCUGUCGGUCAAACAGUGCCCCGCCUUUUCAAUCAUAUGAUUGGACGUCGCAGCAAGGGCGCCGCAUGCGAUUGGUGGACGCCGCUGUCUGUUAGUUUUGAAGCGCUGUCUGCUUCCUUGCCGCUGUGUGUGAUGUUUUGAAGGGGAAAUGGGUUCAGAUUUCUUGAUGGGGACGGAAGAGGGAAGUAAAUAAUUUAAAUGUCACUGAUAUCCGGCAAUAUACAUUAGGGGGACCGUCAACCAACGUUCACACAGUAUCCUUGCUCCUGAAAAAAAUCGUCUGGAUAACCUUCUGAAUUCGUAAGGCUGAAGUUUGAGUCCUGUAGCACUCCUGUCUUUGUUACCGUACAGUAGUCGCAUAAGGGACGUCCGUAAUAAAGUAGCGAAUAAAUGACAGUCUCAUUAACAUGAAUCGCUUGCUUUUUUAAUCACUUGCUGUUUAUCAUUUUUACUGUCCUGGUCAUUAUCUGGUUACCUAGCGAUGGUAAGCAGAGGGUCUUCAUCUGCUUUGUGCGAACAAAGGACAUGUUAACUUGACCAAAACAGAUCAAUGCUGUUAUUAUCAAUAGCGCGUUUUCCUAAAGCGGAAAUUCUGGACUUGUUACCUUGAAGUGCCCUUUGAUGUGGCAAGAGUCCGAAAAUCAUACGGAAGAUGGCAUCAACUAAAGGAAAAGCUGGAAUAAAUAAUGAAAGCAGUUCUGGUCGGGAUAGUGGCAGGACAGAAGCUGGCAGCCCCACGUUACCCGCAGGGGCCGCAUCCCUGACCACCAACCGGACCUACACACUAGAUGACCUGGAUACAAUUGCCACCGUUGGUACAGGAACUUUUGGGAGGGUGUUUCUGGUGAAGGAUAAAAAGACUAGAGGAUUCUUUGCUCUGAAGGCAAUGAAGAUCCCUGAUGUCAUUCGUCUAAAGCAGGAGCAGCACGUACAUAAUGAAAAAGAGGUUUUGACGGAGGUGAACCAUCCUUUCCUUGUCAGACUGUUCUGGACGCACCAUGAUGAUCGCUUCCUCUACAUGUUGAUGGAAUAUGUGAAUGGCGGUGAACUCUUCAGCUAUUUACGCAGCCGAGGACAUUUCAGUAACAGUACGGGAAUGUUUUAUUCAGCUGAAAUCGUGUGCGCCAUUGAAUACCUUCACUCCAAAGAAAUCGUCUACAGAGACCUGAAGCCAGAGAAUAUAUUGCUGGACAGUGAGGGGCACAUUCGACUGACAGAUUUCGGGUUUGCUAAAAAGCUCUCCGAAAGGACAUGGACUCUGUGCGGCACUCCUGAGUAUUUGGCUCCAGAGGUGAUUCAGAGUAAAGGUCAUGGGCGAGCUGUGGACUGGUGGGCUCUGGGUGUGCUCAUCUUUGAAAUGCUGGCAGGAUAUCCACCCUUUUUUGAUGAUAAUCCCUUUGGCAUCUACCAGAAGAUUCUGGCCGGAAAGCUGGAGUUUCCUCGGCAUCUGGAUUUAUAUGUAAAGGAUCUAAUAAAGAAGUUUCUCGUGACUGACCGGGAAAGAAGGCUUGGAAACAUGAAGAAUGGAGCCGAUGAUGUGAAAAAGCACAGAUGGUUUAAGUCAGUAAACUGGGAGUCUGUACCCUGUAGAAAGCUGAAGCCACCCAUAGUUCCAAAGGUGUCCCACGAGGGAGACACAUCCAACUUUGACUCCUAUCCAGAUGAGGAGUGGAAGAAGGACACACCGGUACCAGCGAAAGAUCUGGAAAUUUUUAAGAACUUCUAAAAGGAAAGUCAUUUUCAAUGCCUAAAAAGACAGGACUGUUAAAAGACAAAGGCUCAGAGCUGACAUUUAAAGCAUUCAGGGGACAUUUAAUGGUUCUAGUUGCAUUAUUAUAUGCAUGUUCUUCCUGUCGGUCCCUGAGUUCUGCACACUUGAGAAACCAACAGACUUCUUGUGAUCACUAUUAUCAUAAUUAUCAUCAUAAAAGAAAAUGAGGAAACUGUCUAUCACUUCAGCAUUAUUCAGCACAGCCUGGGUCUCUUUAUAUUAUGCAAAUCUAAAGUUUUUAAACAUCAUUUUAUAUUAGUAAUAUCAAAGGUUCCUUUUGCUGGAUCAAGAUGAGGUCUUCACUUAGACCUGAACAUGUAUGGUCUUUUUGUUGUUGUUGUUGUGAUCUAGAUAACUUUAUAAUUGGAAAAGCUUGCUCUAUCAGAGCUUUAAGCUUGGGAAAUAUUAUUUUCUGAUCAUCUGAACUCGCAGUGUUGAUGUUUUCAUCCUACAUGGUAUAUAUAUGACACUUGUGCCUGUUUCACACUGCACGCUUGAUUAGACGCAACUCUGUGCUUUUUACACUGGCAGCACUACUGUUACUAUUAUUAGUGUUUUAUUUAAUAACAGCCAUGCCUUUUUUUACAAUUAUCAAAGUAAAAUAUUUCAGAUUGAGGUGGGACAUAUUCAAAUAUCUACAACAGAUGCAAAAUAACAAAUAAACUGCAAGUCUGUAAAUCAUCUACUUUAACUUUUUUUUAUUUUCAUAAUAGGUGAAUAGUUCAUUCUAGGGCUGCACAAUAUAUUGUUUCCUAAUCAAUAAUGUAACGUGUAAAUCUGUUAUAUAUAGUUACAGUGCAUGUCCAUUUACAUUUAUAAUUAAGCGCAAAGCACAGUUCAUAACACAUGUGAUUUGUGAAGUUUAACGCUUAAAGAGUAAGAUCUGCAUUUGGACGUGUUUUGAAUUUUUGGAGCACACGUUGUUUGAGUUCACGUUUGUAACUUGUAAAGUAUUCAUACAAGUGCUAUUUUUGAUUAAUCAAUUUAUGUGAAUACUUUUUCAACAGAAAAGUUUUAAAACUUUACCUAAAGCAUAAAGCUGUAUUUCGUUUUUAUUGUUGUUGUUUUGUAUUGGUCUGCGCUUGUAAUUAGUUUAUUUUGGUUUAUACAGAUGCACUCCAAUGUGAAAUCAUCCCAGUCAGAAUAAAAUUUGAAAUUAUUUCAUAAUAGAGUUAUUUACGUCAUCUUGUGAAAUUAUAUAUAAUUAUAUAUAUCGCAAUAUACAUAUUUAAGAGUUCCCACUUAGAUAUGCUUAGCGUUAAUAGCAGGUUUGGCAUGCUGGGAAAGCACUCUGAGCUCAUAAUACUUAAGCUUUAAGGCACCCUACUGGUCAUUAAGCAUUUAGGGGAUCCGAGAUCAGUUAGGUCUCGAUAUCUCCUCCUCAGAAAAAAAAGAGAAAAAGGAGGAGAUGGGGUGGAAGGUGGGAUUCUUCCAAAAUGAAGAUGAAGCAGUAGGAAAAAAAUGAUCCAUUUGUUGUAAACUUUGAUCACUCUGAUUGGAUUAUUACUGAAAACAGAUGAACAGCCAGUCGUGCUCAAUCAUAUCACAUACUCCUCUCAAAAUUAGUUUAUGAAACUUCACUCAUACAUUACAUAACAAAAUAACAUUUUUGUUUGAUUGUUUUUGUCCCCAAUAUCAUGCAGCCCUAGAUCACUCCAGUUUUGUGUGUAAUCUGAGCCCAUUUCUGUCACAUAAAAAAAAAGAAAAGAAAACAGUUAUGGAAUUUUUUUUUUUUUUUUUUGUCAGGUUUUAAUUUAUUUAAUUAUUUUUGGUCAUAAUUGAGAUAAAUCUUAACAAUUGGAUUGUGACAUUCAUAUAAUUUCAGGAAUUUAAUAAAGUAAAUAUUGGAAUAUAAUUUAAUCUAUUCUUUUUAUAGUCUUUUUAUGUGGCACUUUAAGGAAUUUCAUGGAUGUGGGCACCAUAAUAAAUGUGUGCAGUGUGAAACAGGCUAGUACACACAGAAUGUUUUUGUGUGUUGUGCUUUGCUGCUUUUUUAUUGAUUUUCUAUGUAAACAUGGUGUCUUUGACAGCUCUGCUGUGCCUCGUUUCUUUCUUUUUUUCUUGAACACCUCAUUUUUUAAGACACGGUCAACAUUUUUAAAAAGGUGUUUCAUGACACUGCCUUAUUUUCAUUCAUCGACUUUACUUCAAUUAUACCAUUGUGGCGUUUUGCAUUUAGACCACAAAACCAUGUUCUGUGUGAAAAGUCCCAAGAUUCCAAAGAGCUUUUCAACACAUUCCUGCCAGGAAGUCAGAAUAAGAAUACCAGGGAAAGUAGAGGUACAGUAGCACUUACCUAAUCAAACUUGACCUCACAAUCCUGUAGGUAACUCAUAAAUCAGCAUUAACGCUUGUAUUAUCACAUACUCAUUGUUGGUCGUGCUUUACACCGUGCUUUAUGUGUUCACUAAUUGGUUAAGUGCUUAAGACUUAAAGAAAAAAAUGCUAGCCAGGUGUUUUCUAAAGUUGCCUUUCGUUGAUAUGGGGGUGAAUUUAGCAAACACAGUUUACAUUGCUUUGUACUGCUACUUCUUAAUACAUGUUUGCCCGAUCGAAAGCCUUGCGUAAUGGGAAGAGAACUGACUAUGGUGUGAAAUGCUUUAGAAAUGUACUGUAGCUACUGAGUGUAUGUUCGAAACAAUUCCUGUUUCUUUCUUCUGUUUUUGUGUUAACUGUGCUGUCUUCUUAAGCAGUGAUCUAUCAUCGUAUUGUCUACUGAAAGUCAUUUCUUGAAAUGGCUAUUCUUUUCAAAAUUGCGGAUGCAAAUUUAUACUAAUGAAAGCGAUUUGCAGAUUUCAUAUGGACAGCUGUUACCAUCGUGUGGGUUUAGUCUUUUUUUACGUUACUGUUUUUGUUGUUGAACCCUGUGUGAAAAAAAAAAUGUUGUGCUGUAUUCUUAAUUUUACUGUGUUCUUUUUUUACAAUUGUUUGAAAGAAAAGAUUGUAUUUUAUAUUGUUUACAACAGCAAAAAAGAGAGUUCUAUGAACUUAAAAAAAUUGACACAAACCCCAGCAUAGGAUUUUAUACUUUUAUUUUUUUCUUAUUCAGUAGUUUCCUUUUAUUGCCUUCUGAACAUUGAUGGUGCAUUUGAGAUGGUACAAAGUGCAAUGUUACCUGCAACUAAGCUGUUACGAAAACUUGAGAAAAGUCUGCAAUAUUCUAUAUCCAUGAAAAUAAAACAAACUUUUCAUGUGGA